GUGGUCCGCCAGUGCGCGUCGAACCUUCCUUGCUGACGUACCUUGUGCCGCUUUCUCUGGAAAAGAUAACGGAAUCCCUGACGACCGUAUUUCCAACUCUAUGAUGUUCCAACUCGCGUUGUAAUGUGCAGUGUCAUGUACUAGUUGUGUGUGUGUCAAGUUUCUUGUGGAAGGUCCUGGAGGAAGAUGGCUGGACAGGAAUGGAUCCUGGUGGCAGCUCUGACCUUAGGCAUCUCUGGAGUUGCCUUCUCCAGAAAUACAGAUGGCACGACGAUCUGUGGUCCUGGCAUGUACAGAUGCAACGAUGGAAAGUGCAUCUCCUCUCAUGAUGUGUGUAACUACCAAAAAGACUGCGAGAAAGGGCGAGGACGAAUUUCAGGCUUGUCCGCCCCCCGACUGUGAAAGUGGACAACUAUCCUGUGGGCAGUACGUUUGGAACAAGACGUACUGUAUCCCGCCGCAACACAGAUGUGAUAUGACCGUGGAUUGCGUGGACGGCACGGACGAGGCAGACUGCACGUACCGGAAGUGCCAGCAGGACGACUUCCACUGCUCGGAGGCUCACGGAGGAGGACCUUGCCUGCCCAAGGAGAAGCGGUGUGACGGCUACUACGACUGCAGGAACGGUAGAGACGAGGAGAACUGCGGUCCGAACCACGGCACAUCCUGUGCGGUCACACAGUUCCGCUGUAACAACGGACAACGCUGCAUCGACUCCUUCCUCAAGUGCAACCACCGCAACGACUGCGGCGACAACAGUGACGAAGAGAAUUGCCAUUUCCCGGCUUGCCACGGGGGACAGUUUCGCUGUGCCAACGCCCUCUGUAUACCGCUGAGCUACCACUGUGACGGUUACCGUGACUGCGUGGACGGCAGCGAUGAGGCUAACUGCACGGCUAUCGCCUGCCCCGAGAACAAGUUCCUCUGCCCGCACGGUGGCCCUGGGAACACACCCAAGUGUAUCUCCCGCGCUCAGCUGUGUGACGGCAAGAAGGACUGUGAGGACGGCGCUGACGAGAAAAAUGCUUGUUCCACGAGCAACUGUGCCGCUCUCAACUGCGAGUACAAGUGCCAAGCUUCGCUCAACGGAGGGACAUGCUACUGUUCCGAAGGCCGUAAAGUCUCCAACGACAGCCGCUCGUGUAUCGAUCGUAACGAGUGUGAAGAAUGGGGGUUCUGCGAUCAACAAUGCACCAACACAGAGGGUUCCUACACUUGUUCCUGCCAUGCUGGAUACCAGCUGCUGGACAAGGCGCGCUGUGUUGUCUCCAAUGCCAACAAUAUCAAGGUGCUGUUCGCACACGACCGCUCGGUCUACAAGAUGGACGCUUACGGACGCAGUCAGCAGCUGAUCGCUAACACUACGGCGGCAAGCGGUCUCGACUUUCACUACACCAAAAACCUGCUUUUCUGGACCGAUGUUAAGACCAAGAAGAUUCACAGCCAGAUGCUGCAGGAGCCCAAGAGCACAACACCGUACCGCCCGGUACCAGAGGACAUCCAGCUGCCUGGCACCUGGUCACCGGUAGCUAUCGCAGUAGACUGGGUAGGGGACAAGCUAUAUGUAGCUGACUCUGUGGGCCAGAAGAUUGACGUUUUUGAAUGGGAUGGACGCUGGCAUGCCAUUGUGCUCAGCAGCAAUCUUACUGGCCCGGCCGACAUCGCCCUGGAUCCAACCUCAGGGUACAUGUUUGUCGCCGACAGUAACCAAGUAUUGAGGGCCAACAUGGACGGCACCAACUCUAAAGCUAUAGUCUCCGAGGCUGCGUACAAGGCUUCUGGAGUGGCAGUCGACAUCUUGGCCAAGAGGGUCUUCUGGUGCGACUCCCUCCUGGAUUACAUCGAGACUGUAGACUACAACGGGCAGUAUCGUUUCCUCAUACUCAGAGGUCAGCCAGUACCAUCGCCAUCACGUUUGGCCGUGUUUGAGAACAAAAUUUACUGGUCGGACGGAACCAAGCAGGGCAUUAUGUCGGUGGAUAAGUACGAUGGAGCCAACAGCAUCCAGGUGGUCUACAAGAACAAGGAAGUGAGAGAACCCAGAGCUGUCAAGAUUGUUGAUGAGCUUGUUCAGCAGCACCAACGGAACCCCUGUGGCACGCGAAACGGUGGAUGUCAACAUCUCUGUGUGGUCACAGCCAGCACCGAAGAGGGCCGACUCGGGUACCGUUGUGCAUGCCACAUCGGCUGGCGUCUGGCUUCAGAUCUGCGCAACUGCAACUUGGUGGACGACUUCUUGCUCUACUCGCAGCAGAGGUUUAUCAAGGGCAAAGUGAUCGACCCUGUUGUGGAAGGAUUUAGUGAUGCAAUGUUGCCAUAUGUCUCUCGAAGAGCACGUUUUGUCGGCUUGGACUUUGAUGCCAGUGAUAACUACAUCUACUACUCUGACGUACUGCAGGACGUCAUCUACAGGAUACAUCGUAAUGGGACUGGAAGAGAGAUCGUGCUAGCGUCUCAGAAUGAAGGAGUGGAGGGUCUGGCAGUGGAUUGGGCGGCCAAGAACCUCUACUACAUCGACAGUCGCAAGGGCACCCUGAACGUAUUGAGCACUCGUAAUGUCACCUAUCGCCGCACUCUCCUUAAGAACCUUAAAAGGCCACGAGCAAUCGUUGUUCAUCCAAAUAAAGGCUUUAUCUUUUUCUCCGAGUGGGAUCGCCCGGCCAACAUCAGCCGAGCCCACACAGACGGCAGUAACCUGAUCGUGUUCCGCAAUGUGACUCUGGGCUGGCCCAACGGUCUGUCCGUGGACUUCAAAGCCGAUCGACUCUAUUGGUGUGAUGCUCUUCUCGAUCACGUCCAGCACAGUAACCUGGACGGGACAGAUGUGCGCACACUCAGCAGUACGCUCAUCCGUCAUCCAUUCUCUAUCGUCAUCUACAAUGAAUGGAUGUACAUCACUGACUGGCGACUGGAUGCUAUUAUCAGACUGCACAAACUAAAGCCUAUGGAAUUUAAGGAAGAGAUCAUGGUGCGGGAAUCUCAAAACAACCGGCUUUAUGGAGUCAAGGUGUAUGCCCGGGGAGAACAGGACGUAGACCCAGCACAUCCUUGUGCCAUCAACAACGGCGGAUGUCAGAAGCUGUGCUUCGCUGUCCCCUCACCAACCAAGACAGGAACCGGUUCAUCCUUGAAGGUUCAUUGCGGAUGUCCGUAUGGUGAGAAGCUGGACCCGGAUGGAGAUGGGCGCACAUGUGUGGCAGACCCAGAGUCAGAACCUCCUGUCACAGCAUGUCCUAACAAGUGGGACUUUACGUGUAGCAACCAGCGCUGCGUACCCAAGGCCUGGGUCUGCGAUGGUGACGAUGACUGUCUGGACAACUCUGAUGAGGAACAGAACUGUACUAAGCCGACAUGUACGCCUGGGGAGUUUCAGUGCACCUCAGGUCGCUGUGUGCCUUCCACCUUCAGGUGCGAUUCGGAGAAUGACUGUGGAGACUACAGUGACGAGACCGGCUGCGUUAACGUGACAUGCUCCUCGUCACAGUUCCUGUGUGACAAUGGCCGCUGCAUCCCCGCUACCUGGAAGUGCGACUCGGAAAAUGACUGUGGGGAUAGUUCAGAUGAGGGUGAUUUCUGUGCGGAGAAGACUUGUGCAUACUUCCAGUUCACGUGUCCGCGAAGUGGCCACUGCAUCCCCCAAUCAUGGGUGUGUGAUGGUGACAAUGACUGCUUCGACAACCAAGACGAGGAGGGGUGUCCUCCGAUAACCUGCUCGGCCUCCCAGUUCAAGUGCGCUGACCUUCGGCAGUGUGUCCAAGAGACCUACAAGUGUGACGGAAUCCUCGAUUGUAAUGAUGGCAGCGACGAACUUGGCUGUCCGACACUGGCACCCAACACGUGUGACAGCGAGAAACAGUUCAAGUGCGACAAAUCAGGAAUCUGUAUCCCCAAGGCGUGGCACUGUGAUGGCACCCCUGACUGUGAUGAUGAAAGUGAUGAGCCUCCUACAUGCGGAGAGGUAGCGUGUCAGAUGGGUUACUUCAAAUGCAACAACUCGCAGUGCGUAUUCAAGGCCUACAUAUGCGAUGGCAGAGACGAUUGUGAGGACGGAAGUGACGAGGAUGAGAGACACGCUUGCAAGUCUCCUGCUCUCAGGUGCGAGCCUAACGAGUGGAAAUGCCCUGGAGUAACAGAUCGCUGUGUCAACAUUACUUCAGUAUGUAAUGGGAAACUCGACUGCCCCAAUGGAGCAGAUGAGGGACCCGGUUGUGAUCUUAACGAGUGUAACCAGAAGUCCGGGAAGUGCUCCCAUUCUUGUAUCGAGACACCUCUCGGAGCUCAGUGUACCUGUCCACCGGGAGAGACUCUGUCCAACGACAGCGUGACGUGUCAGGAUCUGGACGAGUGUUCACCUCCCGGUGUGUGCUCGCAGCAGUGCACUAACACCAAGGGCAGCUACUUGUGCACGUGUCAGCCCGGCUAUGUUCUGGAGAGAGACAAUCACACAUGCAAAGCCCUCAAUCACAGUGCUGCAUUCCUGAUCAUCUCAAACCGUCAUUCCAUCCUGAUUGCGGACUUGAAGGAUCAGGGGCUAGAGCGUGUUCCCAUCAUAGUGGAAAAUGUGGUGGCCACUACCUCGAAUAUGCACACCGGAACCAUCUUCUGGUCAGACAUGAAGCUCAAGAAGAUCUCCCGUCUGGAUCGUGGUAGUGAGCCACAAGUUGUGAUAUCCACUGGAUUGGACCUAGUGGAGGGGCUGGCCUACGACUGGGUAGGAGGAAAUCUCUACUGGCUCGACUCUAGACUCAAUUCCAUCGAGGUGGCAACAGAAAAUGGCUCGAACAGAGUCGUGCUGCUCAAGGAGAACAUCACUCAGCCUCGUGGCAUGAUGCUCGACCCAAGUCCCAAUGCACGUUGGCUGUUCUGGACCGACUGGGGGGAGAACCCCCGUAUAGAGAGGGUGGGGAUGGACGGCAGCAAUCGGUCCACCAUCAUCAGUACCAAGAUAUACUGGCCCAACGGGCUGACUCUCGACAUAGCCAACCAGAGAGUGUAUUUUGCCGACUCCAAAUUGGACUUCAUCGACUUCUGCAACUACAACGGCAGUGGACGCCAGCAGGUAGUAGCAGGCAGUCACUACCUCCUGCACCCUCACUCCAUCACACUCUUCGAGGACACCAUCUACUGGACCGACCGUCAGCUCAACAGGGUACUAUCUGCCCACAAGUUCAGAGGGAAGAACCAGACCGUAGUGUCCCACCUCAUCUCCCAACCUCUCAGUAUCCAUGUACACCAUCCCUCACUGCAGCCCAUGUCUCGUAACCCGUGCUUGGACGAGAAGACCUCACGUUCCCAGUGCUCCCAGCUGUGUCUGCUGUCACCAUCAGACCCACGGGGCUACACCUGCAAGUGUAAACCAGGCUAUAGAGUCCAGGAUGCUGGGUGUGUUGAAGAGGACGCCUCAUUCCUCGUGGUGAUGAAGGGAACUCAGAUCAUCGAUGUCAGUCUGACGCCAGGAGACAAGACAAGUGGCUAUCUGACGCCCAUCGUCGGAAUAGACAACGGUAUUCAGAUAGAGUUUGACCGCAAGACAGAGCAGCUUUUCUGGGUACAAGGGAAAGAAGAUGAUGAUGAAAAUUGUACAAUCUACACAACACCGUAUCGAGGAGGAAACAAGACCGAAUUCCUGUCCAAAGAUUCAGGAAUUGUGGGAGCACCAUAUGCCAUCGCCUUCGACUGGCUCGGCCGCAACCUGUACCUCGGCAACCGUUUGGCAUCCAAUCUUGAGGUUGUCAAGGUCGAUGGGAAGAACAAAUACCGGAAGGUCAUCCUCGCCAAUAAUGGAGAGCCAAACUCCGUUGCCAAGCCAAAGUCUAUCUGCCUGGAUCCCAGCAUGGGUAAACUGUACUGGGUGGACGAAGGAGGGUUUGGAGUUCCGGCCAAGAUCGGGAAAGUGAACAUGGAUGGAAGCAACGCUCUAGUGCUCAAGGACAACAUUACAAGACCUGAGGCUAUCACCAUUGACCUUGAAGAGAAGAUGAUCUACUUCAGCACCCAGUACCCUAGCAAGAUUGUGGUGAUGGACACUGACGGAAACAUCAAGCGAGACCUGUUGACAGACGAACAUCACAGCAUCUCUCUGCCCAAGGCUCUGGCCGUGUACGACAAGAGACUGUAUUAUAUGGACCCCAGAUACGAGAGACUGGAGCGUGUGGACAUAGCCACUGGAGACAACAACAAGACCCUCAUGGACAAUGAGCCUGAUCUCAAGACUUUCAUUAUCUUCAGAAAGAGACCAUUCCAACAACACCCGUGCCUGACCAACAAUGGGAACUGCGACCAGUUGUGUAUUCCUGCAGAGAACAACAACAGAGUCUGCAGCUGUUCUAUCGGCUUCAAGCGAGAGGAGAGUGGCAAAUGUAUGGCCUACAAGACUUUUGCUGUUGUGUCCCAGCUAGACAUCACCAGAGGGUUCAGCUUGGAGGACUCUGCGGAGGCCAUUGUUCCCAUCUCUGGGAUCGGCCAUCAUAUUCUCCAUGUUGAUGUACACUACCAGGAAAAAUGGAUCUACUGGGUCGACUUCAACCGUGGGCCAUGGAACGGCAUUUACCGAGUCCAGCCAAACGGCACAGCACUUCAGGCAGUCAUUAAGGACGGUAUAGGUUCCAACGGCAUCCGAGGGCUCACCAUCGACUGGAUAGCCGGCAACUUAUACUUUACCAAUGUUUUUCCUCACGAAAACUAUGUGGAAGUCUGUUGGCUUGAUGGGUCCAACAGGAAAGUCAUCUAUAAGACAACGUCUGAUGCACCUAAAGAAUUGGCUGUCAACCCCAUUAAGAGGUACCUCUACUGGAUUGAUUACGGACAAUAUCCUCGGAUUGGCAAGGCAUACCUGGACGGACAGAAGUGGUCCCCGAUUGUGACGUCAGGGAUCAGCACACCUCGGGACCUGACAGUGGACAUGCUGACACAUGAUGUCUACUGGGUCGACGCGCGUCUGGACAUGAUCCAGAAGGUUUCCUACAAUGGAGGCAACAGACAGGUUGUACGCCGCAAUCUGCCGAACCCGAUGGGCAUUGCAGUGCACAUGAGUGAUGUCUACUGGGUGGAUCGCAAUCUGCAGACAGUUUACAAAGCGUCCAAGAUUCCUGGGAACACUGAACAAGCUACUUCUGUGAGAACGGGGCUCAGCAAGCUGCGAGACAUUGUUAUAUUCGAUGUGGCCAAUCAGCCCCCAGAUGACAGCAAUCCUUGCCGACGCUUCGGUAAUGGAGGUUGUGAACAGCUCUGUUUCUCCUAUCCACAAGACAGUCUAACGACAGGCAUCGGCAGCUUCCAGUAUAAGUGUGACUGCGCGACCGGACAGAUCGUGAGUGGCCAGCGCACCAAGUGUUCCACUGUCGACGAGUACCUGGUAUUCGCAACCCGGACUGAAAUCCGCGCAGUGAACCUCGAUCCGGCUUCCACUAGUGUACCUUUCCGCCCCCUGGGCAACCUUACAAACGUGGUGGGUGUUGACUUCGACUACGAAGACAAGACACUAUUGUUCACACAAAUCCGACCGUGGGCUCGCAUCGCGCAGGUGCCCAGUGGCGAACCCAGUGGAGACAAGGUGAAGCCUAUCAUCAACCGAGGCAUCAAUCCGGAAGGCAUUGCGUACGACUGGACACAGAAGAAGAUCUAUUGGACGGAUUCCAGCAAUAACAGCAUCUACGCCAUGAAUAUGGACGGGUCCGAGCUUGUCAUGAUAGCGAGGGUGGAGCGACCGAGAGCCAUCGUAGUCGAUCCUUGCAACGGAUCAUUGUACUAUACAGACUGGGGGAGAUUCGGUACCUCGGGUAAAAUCUUCCGCACAACAAUGGCCGGCUCGCUCAAACGAGCAAUCAUAGAACGUGACUUGAGCCAACCAAGUGGCCUGGCCAUUGAUUAUGAUGAGCACAUGUUGUACUGGACUGAUGCUGUGCGUGAGAAGAUCGAGCGCUCCACCUUGAAUGGACAGAAUCGAGAGGUGUUGAUAUCAGCAACCAUCUACCCGUUUGCGAUCACUGUCCACCGCAACUACAUCUACUGGACAGAUCUGCAGCUCCGGGGAGUCUACCGCGCAGAGAAGCACACAGGAGCCAACAUGGUGGAGAUGGUCAAGCGGUUGGAGGACUCCCCACGUGACAUCCAGGUGUACUCCGGGGAGAGGCAGAAGUGCUCGGUUAAUCCUUGCCACAUCAGUAACGGCGGUUGUGCUCACUCCUGUCAUCCAGCACCCAACAACAUGGCAGAGUGCAAGUGCAACGGCACUGCCAAAUUGGUGAACGAGAACCGCAUGUGUGUCGCCAUGAACCUCACGUGUGAGCCCAACAAGUUCUACUGUGCCAACGGCAAGUGUAUAUCACGUAUGUGGGCCUGUGAUGGCGAUGAUGACUGUGGAGACAACUCUGACGAGGAUGUCAACUACUGCACCUACCACUCAUGUAGCCCAACAGAAUUCCGAUGCAACAACGGCCGCUGUAUUUUCCGCUCUUGGAAGUGUGAUCACGAGAAUGACUGUCGCGAUGGUUCAGACGAGAUCGGCUGUACAUACCCACCUUGUGACAACGGAGAGUUCACGUGUGCCAACUACCGCUGCAUCCCACAGUCACAGGUGUGCAAUGGAGUCAACGACUGCAAGGACAACGUAACUUCGGACGAGACACAUGAGCGUUGUGGACGUAACACCACAUGUCCGGCCAACCAUCUCAAGUGUGAGAAGACCAACAUCUGUGUGGAACCCUACUGGCUGUGUGAUGGAGACAAUGACUGCGGAGAUAACAGUGACGAGGACCCUGUCCAUUGCUCCCAGCGCACCUGUCCCGCCAACAGCUUCAGGUGCCCCAAUCAUCGGUGUAUCCCUGCGACAUGGUACUGUGACGGAGACGAUGACUGCGGAGAUUCGUCAGACGAACCACCAGAGUACUGUAAGAGCGAAGGACGAACCUGCUUCGGGGAUCUGUUCACCUGUGACAACGGAAACUGCAUCCCACGAAUCUACAUCUGCGAUGGGGACAAUGACUGCAUGGACAACAGUGACGAGGACACCAGACACCAGUGCAACGAGCGCAAAUGUGAUGAGGAGACGGAGUUUACCUGUGCAGCCAAUAAGGCGUGGGGUCGCGCGCAGUGCAUCCCACGCAAGUGGGUCUGUGAUGGCGACCCUGACUGUGUGGACGGCGCAGACGAGAACACCACGGCGCUCAGCUGCCCCCCUCCCCCCACUUGUGGUAGUGAUCAGUUCACUUGUGGCAACGGACGAUGCAUUAACAAAGGCUGGACUUGUGACCAUGACAAUGACUGCGGAGAUGGCACUGACGAGGGUAAGGGCUGCCACUCUGUAUACAAGAACUGCACAGAGCAAGAGUUCCACUGCCAGAACUUCAAGUGUAUCCGCAGCACCUACCACUGCGACGGGGAAGACGACUGUGGAGAUAACUCGGACGAAUUUGAAUGCAAGAAAGAGAAUACGACCUGUCCCGAGGGCCAGUUUCAAUGUGCCAGUGGCCACCAGUGUAUCGACUACCGGCUGGUUUGUAACAAGGUAUCUGACUGUGCGGACGACAGUGACGAGUCACUUCACUGCAACGUAGACGAGUGUGCGCGGGUCGAGACACACCAGUGUGGCCACAAAUGUGUCAACACGCUCACCAGUUUCUACUGUGAGUGCAACUCAGGAUACAAAUUAAUGGAUGACGGAAAGGCAUGCAGAGACAUCGAUGAGUGCACGGAGACUCCAGGAGUGUGCUCGCAAUACUGUAGCAACACACCAGGCAGUUACUACUGUAAGUGCGACGAGACCUACUACGAUCGUGCACUCGAUGAGCACUCGUGCAAGCGACGUGACCGCACUGAUCCCUGGAUUGUGUUCACCAACAAGUACUACGUGAGGAACAUGUCACUCGAUGGAACACACUAUGCGCUCAUCCAGCAGGAACUCAUGAAUGUUGUCGCGCUCGAUUUCGACUACAGAGAGAAUUACAUUUACUACUGUGAUGUCAGUGCUAAGACCAUUUACAGGUCUCACAUUAAUCGGCUAGAAAAAGAAGCUAUAAUCCGUCAUGACAGCCAUGGCCUAGAAGGAGUGGCGGUGGACUGGGUGGGGCGUAAGCUCUACUGGCUGGACCGCCACAGCAAGCACCUGGAUGUGUCAGAACUGGACGGAACAAAGCGCAAGACCUUGUACUCUGGCAUUCUAGACCCCCGGGGUCUGGCAGUCCAUCCCGGCAUCGGUUACUUGUACUUCACUAGUUGGCACUUGCAGGCCUACAUCGGCAAGAUGGGCAUGGACGGAAGCAACCUAACACGCAUCCUCACGUAUGAAAACGACAUCGCGUGGCCCAACGCACUCACCAUAGACUAUUUCUCAGAGAGGAUCUUCUGGGCGGACGCUCACCUGGACUAUAUCGCCUCGGCCGACCUUGAGGGCAGGCACCGACACAUUGUGUUGUCGGGAGAGAAGGUACCACACGUGUUCGCCAUAACGCUCUUCGAGGACAACAUCUACUGGACUGACUGGAACAUGAAGGCCGUCACCAGAGCUAACAAGUUCACAGGUAAAGACCUGCAGGUAUUACGCAAUACAACACAUCGCCCAUAUGACAUCCAUGUGUUCCACGCAUUACGGCAGCUGCCCUACCCCAACCCUUGUGGAGGUGACAACGGCGGCUGUUCACACCUCUGCCUGCUGGUGCCUGUCCCCGGUGUCGAUGCGAGUCCGGACGGGUAUGAGGACACCAAGAUGCCAGUGAGCUACCGGUGCGAGUGUCCUAAUCAGUUCUUCCUGGCAGCAGACAAUCGUACAUGUCUGGCCAACUGCACCAAUGGUCAACAUCGUUGCGGUGGUGAUGACGAGAAGUGUAUUCCGUGGUUUUGGAAAUGUGAUGGAGAGAAGGACUGUCGUGAUGGCAGUGACGAGCCUCCUACCUGCCCGACUCGCAAGUGUCGACCUGGCACCUUCCAGUGUGAUAACGACAAAUGUACGCCAUCAGCCAACAUCUGUGAUGGCAACAAUGACUGUGGUGACAACUCUGAUGAGAGGUACUGCAACUUGACUUGCCCAGACCUGGAGUUCAAAUGCAGAUCGAACGGCCGGUGUAUUCUCAAUGCCUGGAAGUGUGAUGGAGACCCUGACUGCAAGGAUGGAUCUGAUGAGGACCCUGAGAUGUGCUAUAACAGACAGUGUGAUCCUGAAACUGAAUUUACCUGCAAGAACAAACGUUGUAUUCCUAAACUGUGGGUCUGCGACUUCGACAACGAUUGUGGUGAUGAUUCAGAUGAACCUGCUUAUAUGUGUCGACAGAAGAACUGUACCACUGGCUGGCAACGUUGUCCUGGCCGCACCAACUAUCGCUGCAUCCCCAAAUGGCUGUUCUGUGAUGGAAAAGAUGACUGUAGAGACAACAGUGACGAGUUGCCCCAACACUGCCCCAAGUGCAACCCUGCGACUGACUUCCAGUGCAAGAACAACCGCUGCAUCCCCAAACGCUGGCUCUGUGACUUUGAGAACGAUUGCGGUGAUUACUCUGAUGAACAUGAAGAUGUGUGCAAAGGCUCCUACCGUGCCUGCAGUGAAUCGGAAAUGAGGUGCAACAACGGCAAGUGUAUACCGACUCACUGGCGCUGCGAUCAUGACGACGACUGUGGGGACGGCAGUGAUGAAGUCAACUGUGGGGACUUCCAGUGCAAGAACGGAACAUUCCAAUGUGAUAGUGGCCAUUGCAUCGCAUCUUACUACCGUUGCGAUGGGGACAAGGACUGCCGAGACUUCAGUGAUGAAAAGAACUGUCCGCCACGGUAUCCGAACGGGCGCUACUGUCCUGACAGCAAGUUCGAGUGUAACAACAGCAUCUGUAUAGAGAAGGACGACAAGUGUGACAGCAUUGAUGACUGCGGAGAUGGCUCGGAUGAGGAACCAACACUGUGCUCUACGGCGGUAUCGUGUGCUGGGAGAGGCCGCUACCAAUGCGAGAACGGACGCUGUGUGUCUAUGGAUGUCGUGUGCAAUGGAGUGGACAACUGCGGAGAUGCAAGCGAUGAGAACAACCACACACUCUGUCACUCUAUGGCCCCGCUCAGCCACUGCGAGUUCAUGUGCGACAACAAGCGUUGCGUACGGGACGCACUUGUCUGCAACUACGUUGAUGACUGUGGCGAUGACAGUGAUGAGAAGGGAUGCCAUUACAAUGAAUUCUGUCCACCGUUCAACCCUCUGGCCAACCUUAGCGUGGGUGGUUGUGAACAUUUCUGCAAGAACCUCACCAAGAGCUAUGUCUGCAGCUGCUUCACCGGAUACGCUAUCUACCCCUUCAACCGCAAGCAGUGUGUCGAUCUGGAUGAAUGUGCUCUCGGUCUGCACAAGUGCUCCCACAUCUGCACAAACCUAAACGGUACAUUCAGCUGCUCGUGUCAGGCUGGCUUCACUCUGGUCGAUGGUACAAGCGGUGUGUGCCGGGCUGACGAUCCCAAUGCCUCUGUGCUGUUCUCCAAUGGGGAGGAGAUCCGAGCGUACGAGGUGACAAGCAAACGUGAGAUAGACGUUAUCAGUCAGGAGAAGCACAUCGAGGCAUUAGACUUUGACCCCACCAUGGAGAUGGUGUUCUGGGUGGACUCCAAGGAGAGGAAGAUCAAGAGGUCAUACAUGGUGAAUGCUAGAGGAGGCCAGGUCAAGGUCGGCUUCGCCCAGGAGCUCAAUCUCAAAGGCAAUUCGAAGCCAACCAGUGUAUCCGUGGACUGGGUAUCACACAACUUGUACUGGACAGAGACAGACCAGUCAGGAACGAAGCCACGAGGUCGUGUCAUGGUCGCCAAACAAGAUGGCCGCUACAGGAGGUCUCUCAUUGACUCUGGAUUGGACCAACCAACAUCUAUUGCUGUGGACCCGGUGUUGGGCCACAUGUUCUGGGCCGAUGCCGGAGCGGUACCGAAGAUAGAGACGGCGUGGCUGGAUGGAAGCAAGCGCAGGUCUCUAGUGCUGGACAAGGUGAGACACCCGACAGGUCUGGCAGUCGACUUUGCCCACGACCACGUCCUGUACUGGGCUGACACCAAGCUGAAUGUGAUCGAGGUCAUUCGUCAGGAUGGUUCCAACCGCAACGUCAUCCUGAGAGGAGAAAUGUUGCACCACCCGCUGUCACUGGAUGUGUUCGAGAACCACCUAUAUUACACGACGCGGGAGACUGGAGAACUGGUCAAGCAUGACAAGUUCGGCAGGGGUAUUCCUGUCUCCAUCUCCAAAAACCUAUUCAACCCCACCGGAGUCAAAGUGUACCACCAUGAACGCUACAAUACAUCGGUGGAUGACCCAUGCCGCUCUGUGAUAUGCUCCCACCUGUGUCUGAUAGUGCCAGGAGGCCACCGUUGCAGUUGUUCUGACAACACAGUGUAGCUUAGUGUAACUUGACACUUGUGUUGCAGUGUACCACCAUGAACGCUACAAUACAUCGGUGGAUGACCCAUGCCGCUCUGUGAUAUGCUCCCACCUGUGUCUGAUAGUGCCAGGAGACCACCGUUGCAGUUGUUCUGACAACACAGUGUAGCUUAGUGUAACUUGACACUUGUGUUGCAGUGUACCACCAUGAACGCUACAAUACAUCGGUGGAUGACCCAUGCCGCUCUGUGAUAUGCUCCCACCUGUGUCUGAUAGUGCCAGGAGGCCACCGUUGCAGUUGUUCUGACAACACA